UCUCCGCAUUCUAGAAUGCAACCAUAAAGUCACGUACCACUAUCGUUAUGGACUCGCUAAAUUUGAAUGGUGUGUCUUUGCAUACAGCACAGCCCUGGAAAUGUUUAUCAUCGCUGCACCAAGAUCCACAAGCCAAAUCGCAGAUUUCCGCAGAAUUGGCUACAAGCACCCAAUCGUCAGCAUACCACGAAUCUCAUGCCAAGGUGUUCAUGAAAGAACCUCCAAAAACACCCGCAGUCUCGGUCCGGGCUAACAGGGACGUUACCUUCGCUUCAACGUCGCAUGGCAAUGAGACAUCAGUACCUAGACCAUCCAGCUAUAGCAUGUACAUCCGCAAUGCGAAUGCUGAGUGGAUACAUCAUGCGAUCUCCCGAUCUCAUCGAGAUUCAUUGUUCGUCCAUCAGCCGCGCGGCAUUAUCCCAUCGCGUGUCUCAACAGCCAUCGCCUCCUCAGAGGCUGGAUAUUGUACCGAUGUCUCACUAUCUUUCAAAGAAGCUGCGCUUUCUUUUCGCUUCCGGAAUGCCGAUAUGCUGAAAACAGCAGUAUAUGUGUUCUGUCUCUGAGACACGAUCCCACCGACUGCCGCGAAAUCGCUAUGGCCGCCGAUCUAACAUCAAGUGCAUGCAAGACAGUAUGGCAUCACAGCUUCUCGCAGACGGCACUUAUAAGUACGACUGCCGGAUUGCUGAGUAGAACAUCCACACCAUAGUUUUGCGCUGUGUUCCACGGUACAUGCGAACACCGGAAUCUCUCGUCAAGCGGAGGAAUCC